AUGAGCGAUCAACGUUUUAAAUACUAUACCGGCUAUGAAGUAGACAAUGAACCCAGUGAUGAUGAAGAUGAAAUUCCUUGUAAUACAGCAAUAAAGAAGGGUGAAGAGAAUUCUGACAGUUCGGAUGAUGAAUUCGACCGGCCACUUCACGAAUAUUUGGAAAAGACAAUGCCGAAAACAGAUGAGAAUAAAGAUUUAGCAACGAAAAAAUCCAAUACUUUCACCAAUGAAAUGGAAGAUGAACUAGAUCAGAUUUAUGAAAAUUUUAUCACUCGUGGAACAUUUGAAUUACCAAUAUCAACACAAAAGCCGAAAGAAACGAAGAAACUGACGAUUUCUCAAGCAGUUGACGACGACGACGAUGACAGCGAUGAUGAACCGAAUCAACCCGUACUGAACAACGAUGAACAAGAGAAAGCUAAUGACGAUCUACUCUAUGAUCCCGAUGAAGAAGAAGAAGAUGAAAAAUGGAUGACAAAAGAACGACUAAAAUCUCAGGGUGUACAAAAUCUCGACAAAGUUGAUGGUUCCGCGCUUGGACCAACUGACGCUGUUCUCAAUUGUCCCGGUUGCAUGAUUUUAGUUUGUCACGAUUGUCAAAGACAUGAAACGAAUCGUAAUCAAUAUCGAGCAAUGUUUGUCUUCAAUUGCACGAUUGAUGAAAAUCGCCUCGUUGCGGUCUCAUCCAAAUCAAAACAAAAGAAAAAGAAGACUAGCAACAACAAACGAUUCAAAUCUAAUGAAACACAUUCUGACGAAAGCGAUCACGACGAAGCCUUACGACCUGUACUAUGCAGCGAAUGCGGAACAGAGAUCGGAGUGUAUGAGUCGAAAGAAGAAUUGUAUCAUUUUUCCAAUGUUCUCGCUAGCCACUAA